CGUUCCUUCCCGACAUUGAGAAAAUGUUUUCUUGACAAAUUGAACAACACUCAUCAAAAUGAUGAGCAACACGGUAGCUUGAACCAGGGCAGUGGUGUUAGCCAAGAUCAAAGGGCCCACACAACAACGGUGUCCAUGGUGGCUUUCAGCAAGCUCCAGGCUUGAGAGACGUGAAGAUGAAGAAGAGAAAAACUUACCUGAAGGGACACGUCUCUUACCAGCUUCUUCGAGCAUUAUCACAGGAAGAUACUCUGAGCACUCACUUCGGGAUUACGCUGCUCGAAUCCGGCAGCUGGUGUGGUGUCCUCUGUGUUUCCGCCGGGUUCGUUUCGACUUGCGGCUUCGUAUCCGGCAAAAAUCAAUACUGUGCUUACUUGCAGGAGACAAGCGGAGGCAUUUGCUGAACUUCGGAUCGACAAGCAUGGGACUGUCUAUCAGGAGGCACAACUCAACUGCUGAGAAACAGGACGGGUCUUUACUAUACUUCUGUUGCAGCCACGUAUGACAAUGAACCGUGCACUUGGUAGGUCAGGUGUGCCGAUAUGCAUGUACAAUUACGGAACGUAAUGCCCAUGUGCAUUCCGUGUUCUCUUGUUGGUUAUUAAAUUUAAGGAAAUUAUUGGAAAUUAUUGACGAUC